AUGAAAAAAAGAAAUGAUUCUAAGGUGACAGAAUUUGUUCUUCUGGGCCUAUCAUCCUCUUGGGAGCUACAGCUGUUUCUCUUCUUAAUAUUUUUGUUGUUUUACAUUACUAUUGUUUUAGGAAACCUCUUGAUAAUGGUAACAGUGAGAGCUGAUGCUCACCUGCUCCAAUCUCCCAUGUACUAUUUUUUGGGCCAUCUGUCCUUCAUUGACCUAUGCCUGGGCUGUGUUACCGUUCCAAAGAUGCUAGGAGAUUUCCUACAGCAAGCCAAGAUCAUCUCUUUUUCAGGAUGCUUGGCCCAGAUCUACUUUUUGCACUUUCUGGGAGCCAGUGAGAUGUUUCUGCUGACAGUCAUGGCCUAUGAUAGGUAUGUUGCCAUAUGUAAUCCUUUGCACUACUUGACGGUGAUGAAUCGUCAGCUAUGCUUUCAGUUGGUUUUUGCCUGUUGGUGUGGGGGUUUCAUCCACUCUAUCACACAGGUCUCACUGGUCAUACAGAUGCCCUUCUGUGGUCCCAUUGAACUGGACAACUUCUACUGUGAUGUCCCACAGGUCAUCAAGCUAGCAUGCACGGACACAUAUGUAGUAGAGGUACUGAUGGUCUCAAAUAGUGGUCUGCUAUCUCUUGUCUGCUUCUUGGUCUUGCUAUUGUCUUAUGCCAUCAUCCUUGUCACCGUGAGAACUCGCUUCCGUCAGGGCCAGAGCAAGGCACUCUCUACCUGUGCCUCCCACCUAACAGUGGUCAGCCUGAUCUUUGUGCCAUGUGUAUUCAUCUACCUGAGGCCUUUCUGCAGCUUCUCCGUGGAUAAGGUAUUCUCUGUCUUUUACACAGUGAUCACACCUAUGUUGAAUCCUCUCAUCUACACACUCAGAAAUGCUGAAAUGAAGACAGCCAUGAAGAAGCUGAGAAAAACAUGUGGCAUCCUUCUGCCAUAUUAA